CAUCCAGUGCAGGAAGGCGGCCGCCAUUUUGUGUGGGUGGCGAAGGCAGCUAGUGCAGCAGCAGCGGAGCAGGGGCCCUGGCUGCGCUUUAGAGGGCUCUGAGUGUGGCGUUGCCGGCGGAGAGGCAGUGGGAUCCGAUUCCUGGAGGCUUAGGGUGUGUGAGCGAGUGAGAGAGACAGAAGUCGCUUAGACUUCUCCUCUGGAGCCUGUGUGCUGAGAAUCUGAUGUUGGGCUCGGCUUCCUGGCUGAACACAGCAGAUCAGCCCAUGAAAACUUCCAUUCCGAGCCAAAGGAAGGGGUCCAACAGAAGACAGCACCUACUCUUUCGGGGUUGGCAGCAGGAAAGGGGACGAGAGGUGGAGGCUGCAGAGUCUGAAAAGAAGACUGAAAGGUGGAGGAAUAAUGAUGACUGGAAGAUGUGGUGACAUUUAAGUUGAAGAUGGGUGGUGGAGAAAGGUUCAGCAUUCCAGUUCCCCAGUCUAGAAAUAUUACCAAGAAGAAUAAACAACUUAACAGGCAAAAGAGCAAAGAUCAGAAUUCUCAAAUGAAGAUGACCUAUAUGAAGAAAGAAAGAGGACAUGGAUGUAGCACAUCAUCUGUUGCAUGGCAGGCCAUGCAAAAUGGGGGCAAGAACACUGUGCACUUCCCAAAUAAUCAGAAUUGGAGUCCUACUUUAUCAAGUCCCAACUCACUUUUCACAUCUCAAACCAAUCAGAACUAUGCUGGAGCAAAAUUUAGUGAGCCACCUUCACCAAGUGUUCUUCCUAAGCCACCGAGUCACUGGGUACCUGUUUCCUUUAAUCCUUCUGAUAAAGAAAUAAUGACCUUUCAACUUAAAACCUUACUUAAAGUCCAGGCUUGAGAUGGAACUUCAAAAAUUGAAACGUUUUAAAAUUUUUACAGGGUUUCAAAUUUGAGACUGUUAGUUAAAUUCAUAGUUCCAAAAUGCACAAUUUUUUUAUGGAAUCAGAUUUGUUAGCUGCAUCUAAAAAUUGAGUCACAUGAUGUGGGGACCACUUUUCAAGAGAUGUUCAACUUAACUCUUCAUAUCAUUCAGAGUUGUGUGCUGUGUGCAUUUACUGUGACAAACUAUGUACUUGUGAUAUCAACAUGCAAUCCAAACAAAGUUUGGUUGUCAGUAAUGCUUAUGCAUUGUAUUGCGCUUGGAAUUUGAACUGUGACCACUUAAAAAUAUGCUGAUUUCCCCCUUCUUCCUCCCCCACUGGAAAUGAGAGAAAGUUAUGGCAAAAAACCGACCCUUACAUUAUGUAAUGCACCUUUGAUUGGAAAACAUAAGCAGUUUACAGAAGUACUCAAACCAGUAUCUUUCAUACUUGUUUCAGAUCAGUUAAUUGCGUGAAACCUGUUGAAAGCUAAUUAAGAGUUCAUUUUUUUUUUAUUUUUUUAUUUUUUUUACAAAAUCUACAUCUAGCCACUAGGAGAGAGAUGGCAUUUUUUUAAAUAUUAGUGAGCAUUUAUUUGGUGUGUGUUAAUGAUUGACAGGGCAAACAAACCUGUGACUAAAAUGUACAUGUUUUUAGGAAGUUUACUCCCCACAGAUUUUGUGCAUCCUUACAAAACAAUUUGAUGUUAAAAUUGCCUGACAUCUUGAUCAUUUCAAAAAUGUAGAAAUGCAUUUUUAUUUUGAACCUGUACAAUUUGAAAUGUGCCACCUAACAAAAGCAUUUUGCAUUGCCAGGUGACAGCCAAAAACCUUCUAAUCCCUUUCCUUUAUUGGGAUUGCACUGAGCAGUUUUUAAAAUGCAUUUUUGUAUGUUUUAUAUCUUUGAAAAAGCUGAAAUGAUAGAGUUGUUUGAGCUAGUCUUAAAUUGGAUACCCUGUAAUGUGAAGUUGUUUAAACUAGUGUCGCUUGUGGCAAGUAUGAAACAUAUAAAUAAGUUGGGGGGAAAAAGAGCCAUGUAAAUAAAUGUAAAACUCUGUAGCAUAUGUAAAUUCAUGCUGGGCUUUCCUGCAGAAAAAGUAUUUUUAGUACAAAACUGCUGAAUGUAAGAUGACCAUGCUGAGUACAUGGCCUGAUUUAAAAAAUAUUUUGUUUAAAGAAAACUGUAAAAGCACACACAUGGCUGUGCCCUUGCACUUAUGUACCAGUGAACAUUCACGUUGUUUUUGUUGUAAGCUGUUUUUUAAGUAAAUUCAGUGCAAAUAAGGCUUUUAGAAUUUUUAAUAAAAACAAAACUCUUUUUUUUAAAAAAAAGCUACACCAAUCUGUGUAAAAUGCACCUAUUUUGAAUGUAUAAAAGUGACUUUAGCUGGGAUGAACUAUUAUGGUACACUGAAAAGAUUCUAAAACUAUUAAUGUAAAGGUCUCUCAAUAGACAUGUUUAUAUAAAUACCUAAGAGCUAGAGCUCUGCCUACAAUUUAAAAAGUAUUCUAGAUGGUUUUACAUAUUUGAGAGCACAGUAACUCCAUUAAUCCUGCAAUGAAGAUUGAGCCAUCCACAUCUGGCUUUUAUUAUUUGGAAUUUAGAUGCAACAAUACUGUAUUUAAUGUCCCUCCCCUUAAAGAACCACUGAAGUGCUGUUCUAGUUAAAAUAUAUAUAAAACCCUAUUAAGUCUUCCUUCUGAACUUUAUUCCCAGUAUGCUGGUUGUCAACAUAUUAGUGUUUAAAUAAAAGCUGUUUGUAAUAUGAUACCCAAUACUUGAUUUUAUUCAGUGAUGCCAUAAUCCAGUUUACAAAAGCACAGAUGCUUCCAUGGUGGAAGUGAGAAACUGAUUUGUGACAUACUGAAAGAAUAUGAAGACAGUUGUUUAAACACAGUAAUCAGCAAUAAUGAAGAAUGGGGAGUAAAUAGGGUAACGAUUACAAAAAAAUAGCUUGCUAAAACAAAAGUGGUUCUUUAAGUGCUCAAGAUGCACUUCUGUGCAUUUAGUUCUAUUUAUACAUUCAAAGUGUGCUGGCAGCUAUCAGUGUUUACACAUCUUCAAAUAAGAUGACUAGAUUGGUAGUUUUCUAAAUUUAUUAUGUUCCUUGUCUCCUAAUCUCUCACCAAAUGUCAUCCGUUGUACCCAAAGUGUAAUUGUUAUAUUUGAUAUUUAAAAUGUUUAUGAAGUACAGCUUGUACAUGUAUCAAUUGGAAAUCUUAAAAAAACCAAAACAAAUAAACUACUUAACCUCCCCCCCC